AUGGUCUUGCAACGGCUGGAAAAACUUGGAGUUAGAGGUGCUGAGCUCACAGGCUCCCCUACUGUUGUCGAACAAGUUAUUCCUGAUGAACUCCAUCCAAAUAUCACUCAGGUCAUUCCACGCCUCACAGAAGGCGGUGCCUUUGUCAAACUAUCUCACGGUCCUGAAACAUCAGGUUCAGACAUUAUCAAGGCCAUUACCCAGCAUUUAUAUGAGAAUCCUGUAAAGCCGUGGUUUAGCCUCUUCAGCCCUGCUAGCGCUGCCCUUGUUGAAUUCCUACCUGUAUCGCCGGAUGCUCCGGCUGCAGAACUUACCCAGGAAAACCUCUACUCGCUUGCCAGGACAUACGGCAAAUUGACCGAUAUUAUUCCCCAGCCCGCAGACUCAAAAGUGGUACCAAGAUAUGCUUUGCUUGACUUUUCUAAUCCAGUAAGCGCCGUGAUGGCGAAAAACUGCCUUCACGGGUUCAAGGUUCCUUCAGGCGAUAUUGGAGGCAAGGCUGGAACUAUCCUGCAGUUUAACUACGAGCGGAAGAUCAAGGCACAUUGGAUAAGAGACUGGUUAUUUAGCCAUCCGCGAAUUAGGCAGGCAACUAAAGCAAACUCUCUAUUUUCUCUUCACCGGGGCCAAUAUGAGUCGAAAGGCCUUAACGAAAUCUGGGAAGAGAGGAAAGAAGACGCCCAGCAAAUUCAGAAUUGGCUUGUGGAAGGAAACGAUACCUUUAUUGUUGUACAUGGGCCCCGAGGCUUAGGAAAGAAAGAAUUUGUUUUGGAUGAGGCGCUUAAAAAUUACAAGAAUAAACUGGUCAUCGACUGCAAACCUAUCCAAGAAGCUCCAGGAGACAGUACCAUGAUAGCCGCUGCCGCUGCUGAGGUUGGGUACAGACCAGUAUUCUCCUGGAUGAAUAGCAUUAGCAGUGUGAUUGACGUUGCAACUCAAAGCGCCAUUGGUACAAAGGCCGGAUUGUCCGAGACUCUGGAUACACAGCUCGGUAACAUAUUGCAAAACACUGCUAAGGCACUGAAAAAAGUUGCAUUGGACGGAAGGAAAAAGGGGGAUAAAGAUGGACACUUGAGUGAUGAUGAAUGGUUAGAGGCAAACCCUGCUCGUCGACCAGUUGUUAUCGUUGAUAACUUCCUACAUAAAAGCAAAGACAACCAGAUGGUAUACGACAAACUUGCAGAAUGGGCAGCUGCAUUGAUAUAUACCAAUAUUGCACACGUUGUCUUCCUCACGUCAGACCUUUCCUAUUCUAAGACAUUAAGUCAGGCCUUACCGAAUCAGGUUUUCCAUCAGGUGUCAUUCACUGAUUGCAAACCUGAAGUGGCUAAACGGUUCGUGUUAAGCCAUGUGUCCGGUAAUGAGGAUUCUAAAGGCUUGGACUAUUCCGAUGAAAAAUUCAACCAGGAACUCACCGAAUGUAUCAAACGGCUCGGAGGCCGUUUAACAGACCUUGAAUUUUUCGCUCGCAUGAUUGCUAGAGGCCUGACCCCAAAUAAUGCCGUUCAACAGAUAGUACAUCAGUCUGCCGCAGAAAUACUUAAGAUAUUUAUCACAGAAGUUGACCCAAGUUCCCGUGGCUGGACCCCGGAACAAGCAUGGUACUUAAUCAAAAACUUAGGAACAGCCAAGACCCAAGCAGGAAACCAGAGCGACUCAGAUGCAAAUGGGGAAACUAGCAUUCGAUACAGCGAUAUAAUUUUGUCGGACCUGUUCAAAAAGGAUGGCGAAGCUACCCUUCGUGCGCUUGAGAAAGCAGAACUGAUCUCUGUCAUUUCAAAGAACGGACGUCCUUCAAUUAUCAAGCCUGGGAAACCAGUGCUAGCGGCUGCCUUCCGCCAGUUAGUUGAAGAUAAGGUUCUUAGUAGCAGGCUCGAUCUAAGAAUCCUCGGCCAAAUGAUCACAAUACAGAACCAGGCAAUUCAUAAGAUUGAGGAAGAGCUAAAAGUUCUAGGAUCUUUCCCAAAAGAGCCUAGCGAAGCGAGGAGAAGGAUUAAAUGGUUGCUAGCUAACUUGGCUCUAAACCAGGCAAAAAUUGAUCAAUAUGAGAUCGAGAGCGCACAGUUAAAGCUUGUUCUGAAAACCGAGUUUUAA